CAUUCGUCCAUAACCAUAAGAACUGGUAUCAGUUGCUUGAUCUUCCGAUAUUUCAAGCUAAUUAAAGAGAAAUUUUUUGAUGGGGGCGUUUUUUGAAGAGGGCAUGGGGACAAAUGAUGAUAUGCUCAUGAUGUUCAUAAUUAUCUGAGAAUAAUAAUUUAGUUUUUUGUUUAAUCAUGUACGUUGUAUCCGAUCAUUCGAUCUUCUUCAUCUACUUGUUUCUUCUUUCUAAUUUAUUGAUCACCAUACAAUACACAAUUGCACAGCCACACCCAGAUUUCGUUUAUCAGUAUUGUUACGGAGAUAAUUACACUAGAGGCAGUACAUUUCAUACUAACCUCAACCUUCUUUUUCCUUCAAGCAUCAAAAGUAGAUACUAUAACGCCACCGAUGGCCAAACCCCGAAUACUGUUUACGGGUCUUUACAGUGUAGAGGUGAUAUUCAACAAGAUGAGUGUCAAAGUUGUAUUAAUUUUGCUACUCAAGAUUUCAACAAAACGGGUAGAUGUCCAAACUCUAAAAAGGCAAUUAUUUGGUAUGAUAAAUGUAUGCUAAGGUACUCAAAUGAGUAUUACUUUAAUAUUAUGCAAGAAUCUCCAGGAGGUUAUCUUUGGUAUUCUGGUGAUGUUUCUAAUCCUAAUCAGUAUAACCAAGUUUUAGGUGAUUUAAUGGAUGAUUUAGCAGGACGAGCUGCGUCUAGUUUUUCUACUAAUUUUGCUACUGGAAAUAAAAGUAUUAAUAGUUUUCAGAAAAUAUAUGGAUUAGUAGAGUGUAGUCCAGAUAUACCAUCAGGAAGUUGUAAUCGAUGUCUCCGUGGAGCUAUAUCUGAAUUACAAAAUUGUUGUCAUGGGAAAAGUGGUGCAAGAGUUAUUAGACCUAGUUGUGAUUUAAGAUAUGAAUUAGACGAUCCUUUCUUUGAAUCUCCUAUUAUCACUCCUCCACCAUCACCACCUUUAUCAUCUACUAUACCUCCGUCGUCAACGAAUACAACCGUACCAAAUGAAAAUAGGAAUAAGUCAUCAAAACUUACUAUCAGUAUAGUUGUUCCUUCAGUUAUCGCAGUACUUUCUGCCAUUGCCAUAGGGUUCUUCUUUAUCAGGAGAAAACAGUCACAGAAAAAGAACUUUGGCGGUCCUGAAGAUGUGGAUAAUAAGACUCCAAUGAAUGAAUCUUUACAGUUCGACUUCAGUACAGUAAGUGCUGCAACAUACAGUUUCUCUGAAGCUAAUAAACUUGGAGAAGGCGGAUUUGGCUCUGUCUAUAAGGGUACACUUUCUGACGGGCGAGAUAUAGCUGUUAAGAGACUGUCGAAAUAUUCCGGUCAAGGUGGCCAAGAGUUCAAGAAUGAAGUUACAUUGGUAGCUAAACUUCAACACAGAAAUCUUGUGCAGCUUGUUGGUUUCAGCUUAGCUGGUGAAGAAAAACUGCUCAUCUAUGAAUUCAUGCCAAAUGCAAGCCUGGACCGAUUCUUAUUUGAUCCAAUUAAACGUAAACAACUGGAUUGGGAAAGACGAUACAAGAUAAUAGGAGGGGUAGCAAGAGGUCUUCUCUAUCUCCAUGAGGAGUCUCGGCUUAAAAUCAUCCAUCGGGAUCUCAAAGCCAGCAAUAUAUUAUUAGACAAGGACAUGAAUCCUAAAAUUUCAGAUUUCGGCAUGGCUAGGCUUUUUGUGCUUGACCAAACUCAAGAGCGUACAAGCAGAAUAGUUGGAACGUAUGGUUACAUGGCUCCAGAGUAUAUAAUGCAUGGUCAUCUCUCAGUGAGAUCGGACGUUUUUAGUUUUGGUGUCUUAGUUUUAGAGAUUCUUUGUGGGCUGAAGAACAGCAGUUUUCAUCAAUCAGAUGUAGCUCAGGACCUUUUAAGCUAUGUAUGGAAACAUUGGAACAACGGAUCUGCUAUAGAAACAUUAGAUCCAACUUUGAAAGACGCAUGUUCUAAAAAUGAAGUGUAUAGAUGCAUCCAUGUUGCAUUAUUAUGUGUUCAAGAAAAUGUUGCAGAUAGACCCACAAUGCCCAUAGUUGUCCAAAUGCUCAACAGCUACUCGGCAACCAAUCCCGCUUUACCUUUAGCACCUGCGUUUUUUGCUGGUCGUACGAUAGGCAACAGUGAAGCGGCGACAUGGAGCAGGAACGAAGUUUCAGUUACUGAACUAGACCCUCGAUAACAAUUACCCCACUCCAUUUCUUUCUAGAGUAUACAAUAUCUUUUUCGGUUA